CUGGUAUUGGUGUGCAGUCUGCAGUCCUCAUCGGUGUCAGUCCACCUCAUCCUCACACCUCACGCCUCACAUCCCUCUAGGCGCGAGGUCCGUGUGUAGGUAAUACUACUAUUGUACUAUACUACUAACAACAUACUACAGCGUUGUAUAAUUGCGGGAACUAAAGUGCUAUACUGAGGUACUAGCACCCGCAGCAAUCGUUCCCCGGCGCUGAGUCGUGCCUAGGUUAUACCCUCCCGCCAUUUAUCUUUAUCUUUUAUUCAUUACAACUUCUGGUAUUGCCAAUAGCCGGAGUGCCAGUGCAUUUGUCCAGUGCAGUGCAGACUGGUGUUGUCACGGCUUGUUACUACUGGCAUCAAACUACUCCAGACCGAACGCACCAGACCAGACCAACCGAGACCCAAUCCUACAUUUACAACGAUACAGACGGUCCAAUUCAGUCACCCAGUCGGUCAUUGAGGUCAACUCUCCUUCAGUGCGCACACCCUACCUACCUUGGGCACUGCCACGAUGCAGAUGUCGACGGGCUCAUCGAACAUGAAUGCGCAUGCGCAUGACAAUGCCAAUCCGAAUGCGAAUGCGCACGCAAACACCAGUCCCAAGCACAACAUGAAGCCGAAGCGAAAGGUCCCCUACCACCAUCACCAUGUCCUCCGCCACAAACCUCAAUCUCUUCCUUCUGCCGAACCAGCGCUCAUGGAGCAGGAUGCGGUGGACAAGCUUCUGACCGACUUUGUCAAGAGCAUAUGCGAGGAGGAGGCGAUCAAACAAGGCAUUACCGAUCCGGUCAUCGAGUCGGUCGCCUUGGAAGAGCUGGUCUCCGUGGCAGAUGAAUUCAUGAUGAAAUUCCUCUCAAGAGUGCGUCGGUCAAUGCAGGCAGCGCGCCGAAGCGUUCCCAUAGCCACCGAUUUCGAAACCGCCAUCGACGUCCUACAAGUACCGCGACCCGACGACCAACUGGAACCCUACAAAACCUCACCUCGCAUCAACCCUCCUCUACUACCAACACCGCCCCCCGAAGAUGAAUUCCACAACACCGUUGAACUGCCUCCCGCUUUUCUCGGUCCUGAACUCGAUGGACACGGCCAGCUCCACCGGUUCUCCUUCAACACCAAAGGCCUGCCAGAACUGCCCUCGGCGCAUACAUACAAGAACACGCCUGUAUAUCCGCAGCGAGAAACCGAUACCCGGAAAAUCCGUGAACUGGCGACGCAGGAAGGCAAGCUGGGCGAGCAGGCUUUGCGAAAGCUGGCCGGCGCGGUCAAACUAGACGCGGCGCAUCCGCUUGAAACCAACGGCUCGACGCAGAAGAUUUCCACCACCCCUCAACAGCAGAAAAAGGGCCACAAGGGAACUAGUAUCUCUGUAGAGGCCAUCUUUGAAGAAACACUGCGGGAUUUGUUGGCCAAAGAGCCCGGUGGCUUCGAGCUGGGUCCGAUUGUGAAUUGCGAAAAGGCUUAUCGCAUGCCGGACGAUGCGCAAGCGAAGAGAAGGGCCGCGGUGACUGAUCCAGCUGUCCCCAACGGUCUCGAAAAGAGGACCAACUCAACGACCACAAAUAGAGUGGACGUGGACGCCAUGCAGAUUUGAUCUGAUUCCACAGAUUGCCACAGGAUGUGGUCAAAAUCAUCAUGGCUGAUUCUUCACACAUAGCAUGGCGUUGGUGGUGGGAUAUCCCCAAAGGCGAGGGAUUUGCAUAUGCAUAUGAUACCCCGGAUAGCGUUGUGACAUAGACCAAAAGAAGUGCGUUGCGAUGCGUCUCUUCAUUUUUGCGGCCAAAAGUAAUUGCCAUAAUUAGCGUA